GAGCUGGAAGCACUGCUCUCUUACUGGGUUCUGGACUCAGAACUCAGUCUGUGUGUUGUUGGCACUGGUUCUGCACAUGUGACCUUCCACACAGGAAGAAGAGUGAAGAAAUGAGUCAGAGAAUCCUCCUCCAGUGAAGAAACGCAGACCAGGACCACUAAACCACCGCAGGAGGAUGGCAGGCUGCAGGAUCCUCUGUCAGUAUGAAACCACCAAGCUGGUCCGGAUCCAGAGCGUCCGGCUCGGGUCUCUGAAGUGGACCCUGAACGCAACAAUCCUGCUGUUCACCAGCAUCAUGGUGUUGUGGAACAGGAAUUACCAGGAGUUUGACCUGGUGGUGAGCUCCGUCACCACCAAGGUGAAGGGUGUAGCUCAGGCCCACCUGCCCGGGGUCGGGGACGUGGUCUGGGAUGUGGUGGACUACAGCGGCCCCUCACAGGAGAAAAACUCCUUCUUUGUGGUGACCAACGUCAUCGUGACGAAGAACCAGAAGCAGGGGAAAUGUCCCGAGGUUCCUAAGAAGGGCGGGUUGUGUCUCCGCGAUGAGGACUGUGAGAGAGGAGGCUGGGACCAGCAGAGCCACGGAAUCAAGACGGGAUCGUGUCUGAGGUUUGGGGUGUUGAAGAAAACCUGCGAGGUUUCUGCGUGGUGUCCGGUGGAAGCCAGGACCAACCCUCCGAGACCUGCUAUGUUAGCAGCAGCUGAGAACUUCACGGUCCUCAUCAAAAACAACAUCCGCUUCCCAGCGUUCAACUUCACCCGGAGGAACAUCCUCCCGGAGAUGAACGAAGGCUACCUGAAGAGCUGCCAGAGAGACAAAGACCCUUUGUGUCCCAUCUUCAGACUGGGAGACGUCGUCAGAGACGCCGGAGAGAAGUUUUCUGAGAUGGCCGUGGAGGGGGGCGUCAUCGGCAUCCUGAUAAAGUGGGACUGUAACCUGGACCGGCUGAUGCAGCGUUGCCUCCCCAGGUAUUCCUUCAGACGUCUGGACGAGAAGGAGAGCAACAGGACGCUCUACCCGGGGCUCAACUUCAGAUUUGCAAAGUACAACACAGUGAACGGGGUGGAGGAGCGGACGCUGUACAAAGCAUUCGGGAUCCGGUUCGAUGUCAUGGUGUUCGGACAGGCGGGAAAGUUCAGCUUCAUUCAGCUCAUCAUCUACAUCGGAUCCACGCUGUCGUACUACGCUCUGACGACGGUGAUGAUCGAUUGGCUGAUUGGAACCAGCUGCUACUCCACGGAUGUCGGACAGAACUACUCUGAGAAGAAGGUGGAGUCGGUGGCGGACCAACAGAAGUGCAUCCUCUGUGUGUCGUACGUGGAUGAGAGCCACAUUCGACUGGUGAAGAAAUCUCAGAAGAAAAGUUUACAGAACGUCAAACCGAUGUCUGUUCAGCCGCAGAAGGAGGACAGUGGACAUCUGAGGGCCGUUGUCUGUUUGCUCCAGCCGGGUAUCGGGGUGGAUCCCGACGUUCCCGACCAUAAACCCGCCCCUGACCCCACCCCCGCCCCCAAACGCCGCCGCCCAGCCUGGUGCCGGUGCGACGGCUGCGCUCCCUCCUCCCUCCCCCAGGAGGAGCUGUGCUGCCGGCGGAGCGACGGCGCCUGCAUCACCUCCUCGCCGUUGUUCGAGCGCCUGGUGUUGCGCCGCUCCCUGCUGGAGGCCGUCCUCCUCUACCGGGACCCUCUGACUCCGCCCCCCGCCGGCCGAGGCCUCACCGCCGCCCUGCGUCACUGCGCCUACAGUCAGUACGUCAGCUGGAGGUUCGGGGUGGCGCCCGGCGACGCCCACCCGGCCAUCCCCAGCUGCUGCGUGUGGAGGGUGAGGGAGGAGUACCCGAGUCCGGACGGACAGUACGCCGGAUUCAGGCCCGCCGGGGUGGCGUCCAUGAAGGCCUGUGCCAACGGGGAGCUGUGAGAUCAGGACCGACUGACCCACUAACACUGCUUUUGUGCUAAAUCUACUUAAAAAGAAUGCAAUCACUAAUAAUCGUCGGCAUGCGUUCCGAUAGGAGGAGUCAAUAAAUCCCUUUCUAACGUUAUCUGUCAUUUGGCUGCACUUUUUCUCAGAUUCACUCCUGUUUUUUAGGGCAGAAGUUUCAUUUUAACAUCACUAACAUGCUCAGACAAAAGAUUUCUCCUGCCAGGAAUGUGUUCACAUCCGUCAUAUCGUAUGGAAAGAUGAAGAGUUUAACUUUUUAACAUCUAAUAGAGCUCCUAACAAAACCUUGACCAUCCCUGUUUGCAGGAAUGUGCCUCAUCUCGUUUCUCUAAUCCGAACACAAACAGAAAUGUAAGAACAACAGUUUGUGGCUUCAUGGAGAGUCACGUGCUGAACGUAUUUCUUGUUGUUUAAAAAGUGUUUUUGACGGAUUAUGAGACAAUAAUGGGCCCCUGGGCACAAAGAAGGAAAGGGCCCCAUCACCUCUACUACACAGGACCAAGACUCACAGACUUUAUCGUACUUAAACCUCUUUUGUAGUUCUUUUUGUGUCUCUUCGUGGUGGUUUUCAUGCCAUUUUGUGUCUCAUUGUAGUUGUUCUGUUCUCUUUGUAGGCUUUUUUGUGUCUCUUUUUGGUCAUUUUAUGUUUCGUUGUAUUCAUUCUGAGUCUCUACCCCCUCUGCUUCCAGUCUCUUAUGCUAAGCUAACCAGCUGCUGGCUGUAGCUUCAUAUUUACUGUACGGACAAGAGAACGGUAUUGAUCCUCUGAGUUCACUCUCAGUAAGAAAGACAAUA